AUCGCGAGCAGGAGGUGAAAACAGGAAGCGAGCACUCACAAGGAAAUAGUGUCAAAUUUAUCAGAGGCGUCAUGUCUCUUAACAUCGGAUUGAACUGUCUAUUGCAAAGCCAAUGUAAAGAGCAGCGCAGAAGCUGAAUUAAAAUUGCUCCAUCAAGGAAUUCCUUGCUCGUAUGAUGGAAAGGGCGAUGGAGCAAUUAAACGUACAGCUGAACCGGCUGACGCGCUCUUUACGCCGCGCCAGGACAGUGGAGCUCCCUGAAGACAAUGAGACAGCUGUCUACACACUCAUGCCUAUGGUGAUGGCUGAUCAACACAGAUCAGUCUCAGAAUUGCUCUUGAACUCUAAGUUUGAUGUAAACUACGCAUUUGGACGAGUGAAGAGAAGCCUCCUUCAUAUAGCUGCCAACUGUGGGUCAGUGGAAUGUUUAGUCCUCUUAUUGAAGCGAGGCGCAAACCCAAACUACCAGGACAUCUCUGGAUGUACCCCACUCCAUCUGGCAGCAAGAAAUGGGCAGAAGAAGUGCAUGGGUAGACUGUUGGAGUACAAUGCAGAUGUAAACAUCUGCAACAAUGAAGGCCUAACUGCUAUUCACUGGCUGGCGGUUAACGGGAGGACAGAGCUGCUUCAUGACUUGGUGCAGCAUGUAUCUAAUGUGGAUGUGGAGGAUGCCAUGGGUCAGACAGCCCUACAUGUGGCCUGCCAGAAUGGACACAAGACCACAGUGCUGUGCCUUCUGGACAGUGGAGCGGACAUCAAUAGGCCCAACGUCUCUGGAGCGACCCCUCUCUACUUCGCUUGCAGCCAUGGCCAGAGGGACACAGCCCAAAUUCUGCUCCUCAGGGGUGCCAAGUACUUGCCGGACAAAAAUGGAGUCACCCCACUUGACCUUUGUGUGCAGGGUGGUUAUGGUGAAACAUGUGAGAUUCUCAUACAGCAUCAUGGGAGGCUGUUUCAGACACUCAUUCAGAUGACACAGAAUGAUGACUUAAAAGAGAAUAUGCUCAGGCAGGUUCUUGAGCAUGUAUCUCAGCAGAAUGACUCCAAUUAUCAGAGAAUCCUUACCAGCUUGGCUGAGGUGGCCACCACAAAUGGACACAAGCUGCUCAGUUUGUCUAGUAAUUAUGAGGCCCAAAUGAAGAGUCUACUCAGAAUAGUGCGGCUCUUCUGCCAUGUAUUCCGUCUGGGUCCAUCCUCUCCUAACACUGGCAUUGACCUGGGAUACAAUGGAAACAAAACCCCACGCAGUCAGGUCUUCAAGAGGGGACUAUUUAUUAAGUUGGGCGUUUUCCAUUCAGCAGCUGAUUUUCAGCCUCUGGAGCUGCUGUGGCAUUCUCUGGAUGAAUGGCUGGUGCUCAUCUCCACAGAGUUGGAUAGGAAAUGUGGAGACACUGACUCUUCUCCAGGGAGUGACAUUGCCUCGCUCAUUCUGAAGCAGCGGGAGGCUGAUCCUUCCAUUGUCGCUGACACCCCUGACCUUCUGCCCUCCUCACUGGAUCCUGAGACACCCGAGGCUUAUGUAGAUGGUCAGGAUGUGAUCUCCAUGACUGCCAACCGGCUGAGUGCAGUAAUCCAGGCCUUCUAUAUGUGCUGCUCCUGCCAGAUGCCACAGGGCAUGACAUCUCCUCGUUUCAUUGAGUUUGUUUGUAAGCAAGAUGAAGUACUUAAGUGUUUUGUAACCAGGAACCCAAAGAUCAUCUUUAAUCACUUCCAUUUCCUGCUGGAAUGUCCAGAGCUCAUGUCUCGCUUCAUGCACAUAAUCAAAGGCCAGCCGUUUAAGGACAGGUGUGAGUGGUUUUAUGAGCAUCUCCUGGCUGGACAGCCCGACUCGGAUAUGGUCCAUCGGCCCGUCAGUGAGAAUGAUAUUUUACUGAUUCACAGAGAGUCUAUAUUUCGCAGCAGCUGUGAGGUUGUGUCCAAGUUCACCAAUGAGAAGCUCAAGCAGGGCAUUGCCGUACGCUUUCAUGGUGAAGAGGGAAUGGGUCAGGGGGUGGUGAGAGAGUGGUUUGACAUUCUCUCUAAUGAGAUCAUCAAUCCAGACUACGCACUGUUCACACAAUCGGCAGAUGGUACUACAUUUCAACCCAACAGUAACUCCUCUGUCAACCCAGACCAUCUGAACUACUUCCGGUUUGCAGGUCAAAUCCUGGGCCUGGCCCUGUACCACCGCCAGCUAGUGAAUAUAUACUUCACCCGCUCCUUCUAUAAGCACAUACUGGGUAUCCCAGUGAAUUAUCAGGAUGUGUCUUCUAUUGAUCCAGAAUAUGCCAAGAACCUGCAGUGGAUUCUGGACAAUGACAUCAGUGACUUGGGCCUGGAGCUCACGUUUUCUGUGGAGACGGAUGUGUUUGGAGCCAUGGAAGAAGUUCCACUCAAACCAGGCGGAAGUGGCAUUCAGGUCACCCAAGAUAACAAGGAUGAAUAUGUGCAGCUUGUAACAGAGUUGAGGAUGACUCGAGCCAUUCAGCCUCAAAUCAAUGCUUUCCUUCAGGGCUUCCACACCUUCAUUCCUCCAUCACUCAUUCAGCUCUUUGAUGAGUAUGAACUGGAGCUGCUGCUGUCUGGCAUGCCAGAGAUUGAUGUGUUGGACUGGAAGAGAAACACAGAGUAUACAAGUGGCUAUGACCUCGAGGAGCCAGUCAUCCAGUGGUUUUGGGAAGUAGUGGAUCGUCUCACUCAGGAGGAGAGGGUUCUCCUGCUGCAGUUCGUCACUGGGAGUUCCCGUGUACCACAUGGUGGUUUUGCUUUUCUUAUGGGUGGCAGUGGCUUACAGAAGUUCACAAUCGCUGCUGUGCCCUACACAUCCAACUUAUUGCCUACCUCUAGUACCUGUAUCAACAUGCUGAAACUCCCAGAAUACCCCAGCAAGGACGUCCUGCGUGACCGGCUGCUGGUUGCACUGCAUUGUGGAAGCUAUGGUUACACUAUGGCAUGACGCUUACCUUGCUGUUUUUGGUUGAGACACUUGCUUUAAUAUAGACACACGCAUUUACGCAAAGGGUUUCAGGGAUAUCCUCUGCAUUCAUUCCUUUGGUACUCGGCAGCCUUUGAUUUCAUGGUGUUAUUUUAAAUACUCAAAUCUAUAGACAAGGGAAACAUGAGCGAGGGAUGUAUAACAGUAUGUAAUGCUGAAAAUGUGGUAUGUCUGUUUGCCAGGUUGUGCUGCCAGUGUUGUGUGUCAAAGGUUAUUGUAUUUGAAAUUGUGUAUACCAGAGGGUGUGUGUAUAUGGGUGACAUAUUAAAGGAAAAAUAACAAAGUGUCAUAGUAAGAUGUUGAGCCACCAUGAGUUGCCAGAACAGCUUCAGUGUUUUUUGGCAUAGAUUCCGCAAGUCUCUGAAACUAUACUGGAGGGAUGGGAACCAUUCUGCCAAUGGUGUUUUGAUGAUGAUGCAGAAUGUUGUCCAACACUGUUUAGAAUUUCCCAUAUAAGUGACUGUGAAGGCCAUAGCAUAUGAUUUUUAUAUUCAUCAAACCAUUCAGUGUGUCCUUGUGCCCUGUGGAUGAGGGCAAAUGGAACAUUUCUAUCCUGCUCUCCUCCAAUAUGACAUCAUUGUGAUCAGUCAGAAUAACUUUGUAUACACUUGCAGUCACCGUUUCCAGUCACCAGAAGACAAGUGGACCCAAACCAUGCCAGCAAAAUGCCCCCACAGCAUAAUAGCCAUGAUUUUGUUCAUUCAAUUUGUCACUCCUAUGUAAAUGCUAAACAUGCAAGCCAUGUCUGUAUACAUCUGUGUGCUCAUGUAUUAGAAUACAGAAGGAAAGGGGAACUGCAAAAAUAUUGCUGGAAACAAAGAGAGAUUUUCUGAGGGUAUUACUUUACUGAGCAAGGACCUUCAUACUUCUGUAAUAUCUGCUCCAUUGUAGCUUUGUAAUGCUGGUUUGUUUUUCAUAGUCAUAGUUAAAAGUUCUUUAAUAUGUAAAUUUUUUCAAUGAUUGUGGGAUUUUGAGAAUGCAAAUUGGAAUCAAAAAUUGUGCCAAAAUUUGUUAGAAUAUGUAAAUUAAAGAUAUAGACAAAAAUAUAAAAGAUAGAAUGUUUGUGUAUGCUAGCUACAAGCAUUUCAAGAAAGAUGUAAUUUUAUUUUAUGAAUGCAACAAUUAUGUCCAGAGAAGGAAUAGAUAGAAUAGUGUGAACAUAUGUUUGUAUUUCUUAUAAAUUAUCACUGAUUUGGUUGUAUUCUUUUUCCAUUUGUAAAUUGACUGCUUAUUGUAUACACAAACCUGAGGACCUUUUGCAAAAAUCAUUGAAAUAUUGAAGUAUGUAUUUUAUUA